AAAUUAUUCGUUUAACAUAUUAUUAUAAAUUAUAAAUGGAUAUAAUAAUGAAUAAAGAAUGAUGGAGAGAAAUUGGGGAAGAAGAGAAAACAAAAGAGAAAAAAAAGGGAAGAAAAUAUUGGUUAGGAAGAAGAGAGCAUGCUUCGUCCUCAUCGAGUACCCAACUUCUCUCUCUUUCUCUCUCGGUUUUUAUUUUGAUUUCUUUAUUGAACUUUGGAGGGUCCUUUUCCUUUCCCUGAACUCUGAGCUUAGCUCCCCAUUCCAAAAACCAAUUAAAACAACCUUCCUUCCUUCCUUCCUUCCUUCAUCUCCCUCUCCUCUUCUACCGUAUCAUCCUCUCCAUGGAGAUUCCCUCCCCCUCCCCAUCCCCCUCCCCCGCCACUUUCCCCACCUCCCCUGAGUUCGAGUUCUGGAUGGUCCGAAACCCCUCUUUCCCUCAGACCAAUCUUCUCUCUGCCGACGAGCUCUUCGUCGAUGGCGUUCUUCUUCCCCUUCACCUUCUACCGAACCACUCUUCAUCUUCCUCCACCGAACCUAACCAGAAACCCCACCUGGAGCCUCCUCCUUCAGAACCCGAUCCCAGCGACGGUCCCAAAUUGACGCCCAAUUCCGCCGAUUCGGGCUCUUCCUCCAAGCGGUGGAGCAUUUUCAAGAAGAGUGAGAAGAAGAACUCCUCGGGUAAUCAGGAGGAUCGUGACAAGGAGAAGAAGAAAGAGAAGAAGACUACCAAUGGGUCUACAUCCGCGGAGUUGAAUAUCAAUAUUUGGCCCUUUUCGCGUAGUAGAUCCGCUGGGAAUGCUUUCACUAGGCCUAAAUUGUUCCCCGGCGCCCAACCUGGAUCUCGGAAGGUCAACAGUGCGCCAUGUUCUCGCAGCAACUCUGCCGGAGAAUCCAAGUCCAGGAAGUGGCCGAGCAGCCCGAGUCGCGGCGGCGUUCAUCUGGGCCGGAGUAGUCCAGUAUGGCAGGUUCGCCGCGGUGGAUCCGCUCCCAAAACAUCCGAAACUUUCUCCCGCAAUGCCGACAAACCCGCCCGAAAAGAACCCACGGAGGUACAUCGGAGCAAGGCCGCCGCAGCCGCCGCCUCCUCCUCUGCCUCAAGAGUUAGAGUUUUGAAUUUGAAUGUCCCCAUGUGUAUCGGGUACAGGAACCAUUUGAGCUGUAGAAGCGAUGAGACCAGUGCACUUGGGGUUAUUGGCAGCGGUGGCGGUGGAAGCAGUAGUAACAACGGCGGCAGUCAUGGUUACGACAACAAUGGAGACGGCAGCACUGUCAGCAAUCCUGGAAAUUCAAGUAGUACUGCAAAUCUCUUUAGCAUAAGAAGCCUUUUCACUAAGAAAGUGCAUUAACAACUUUGUCAUAAAAUGAAUUUACCGCUUUCACAUGUAUUAUUGUAUAGGAAUCUCUCCUAGUCUCAACUUUUUGCAUCUCUAUGUGUAAUUAACCAAAAGUAUUAGCCAUCUGAGUUCUGACUGUACUUAAUUAA